UGGGUACGCGGGCUAAGGUGUGUAUCAGCCUUGACGAUCCGACAGGAACCGCAGCGACAUGGAGAUGAUGCGCACAUUGGCAAGUUCCGAGAAUCGAGGGAGGGGGGGAAGCGACCAAAGUCAGAUUCACGCCGGCCACCUGCGCAAGACUCAAAGUCUACUCCUCGUCUAGGCCAGAUGGAUCGACUGACGGCAGACAAUCAAAACCACUGAUUCGAGCUAGGCACGACAUCCACCGCGUUUGCGGCAAACCACUACUCACUUCCCCGAGCAAACCCCAGCCCACCCAGGCAACGGCGUGGUCUCGUGCGCGUGGAGAUGGAGCCGGCUAUGCAAGUGAUCAGACCCGUAUCUAGACGCCACGCAGGGUCUCCAGCUCUUGAUUUGGCGCCAGUGAAGACUUCUAUGCUGGUCGGUGCGCGCCUAAGAAGUUGUAUACCAGUCAAAGUCUUAGACCUCUUAGACCGUACUGUAUCGUUGUCUCAGAACUGCCUUCGGUUGUCUCCUCCUUCACUGCUGGCUUCUACUAUCCGCCUAUCACAGGCUCUUUCACUGUGUUUAGGCCGACAAGUCAGCAUCACGAGCAGCAGCAACAUCAUCCGCAGGCAACACCACCACCACCAUCACACACCACACCAUUCCACGUCCACACCACACCACACACCAUCAUCAUCAUCAUCAACAAUAACAACAACGACAACAUCACAAGGACACGACGAACCGUUGACUGACCUCCUAUGUCAUCCACUUUUGGUUCCGUGUUUCCUGACAAAGGGAGGAUCCAAGGUCGAAGCGACGGCAGGAGGGGUCCAGGGCCCCCAAGGCCCACUCAAUAUCCUUUGAGCCCUUUGUUAGAACUUGAGAGAUCCAUCAAUUAAUUUAACUUUGAUCAAGCAAUUCAAUGCUUCGACUUUUGCAACAAAUUUGCCUACCUUUUUUCCU